GGGAGGAGGCGGUGGCGGCGCCGGGCUGCGGAGUCCUUGGCCCCCGCACCUCCGGCCGCAGCUGCCCACACCAAGGUCUCUGCGCGUCACCUCCGAGAGGGGAAUUUUCCAGCUGGUAAUUUCUGCUGCGUCAACGCCCGGCCCCAGGAGGCAGCCUGGGGGCGUCUCUGUGCCCCCCGCCCGCGCCUCCCCGCGCGCCCCCCGCCCGCGCAGUGGAGCCGCACCCGGACCCGCCCGCGCGGAGUUUGCCAAGAGUCGGAACUGCAGGAGAAUCUCUAAAAGAGGCAGCAGCAAGACUUUCAGAUGAACAACCGAAAGGAAGAUAUGGAAAUCACGUCCCACUACCGGCACCUGCUUCGUGAGCUCAAUGAGCAGAGGCAGCACGGUGUUCUGUGUGACGUGUGUGUUGUGGUGGAGGGCAAGGUCUUCAAGGCACACAAGAACGUCCUGCUUGGGAGCAGCCGCUACUUCAAGACCCUCUAUUGUCAGGUGCAAAAGACGUCUGACCAGGCCACGGUCACCCACUUGGACAUUGUCACAGCCCAGGGCUUCAAGGCUAUCAUCGACUUCAUGUACUCUGCCCACCUGGCCCUUACCAGCAGGAAUGUCAUUGAGGUUAUGUCAGCUGCCAGCUUCCUACAGAUGACAGACAUCGUGCAGGCCUGCCAUGAUUUCAUCAAGGCCGCACUGGACAUCAGCAUCAAGUCAGAUGCGUCAGAUGAGCUCUCAGAGUUUGAGAUUGGUACCCCAGCCAGCAGUAGCACAGAGGCACUGAUCUCAGCUGUGAUGGCUGGAAGAAGCAUCUCCCCAUGGUUGGCACGGAGAACAAGUCCUGCCAAUUCUUCAGGAGACUCUGCUAUCGCCAGCUGUCACGAAGGAGGGAGCAGCUAUGGGAAGGAGGAUCAGGAGCCCAAGGCUGAUGGCCCUGAUGAUAUUUCUUCACAGUCUCUGUGGCCUGGAGAUGUGAGUUAUGGGUCUCUACGCAUCAAGGAAGAACAGAUUUCGCCAUCACAUUAUGGAGGGAGUGAGAUUCCAUCCUCCAAAGACAGUGCAAUACAGAGCUCUUUCUCAGAGCAGGGUGCUGGGGAUGGCUGGCAGCCCACAGGUAGGAGGAAGAAUCGGAAAAACAAAGAGACUGUCCGACAUAUCACGCAGCAGGUGGAGGAGAACAGCCGGGCUGGCUCCCCGGUGCCCUCGUUCUUGCCCACAUCAGGAUGGCCGUUCGGCAGCCAAGACUCAAAUGUGGACCUGACUGUCACCGAAGCCAGCAACUCGGACAGCAGAGGGGAGAGGGCUGAGCUCUACACACAGGUGGAUGAGGGCCUCCUGGGAGGAGAAGCCAGCUACCUGGGCCAGCCCCUCACCCCAGAGAAGGACGAAGCACUGCACCAGGCCACUGCAGUGGCCAACCUACGUGCAGCACUCAUGAGUAAGAACAGCCUGCUGUCACUCAAGGCUGACGUGCUCGGGGACGAUGGCUCACUGCUGUUCGAGUACCUGCCCAAAGGUGCCCACUCACUGUCCCUGAACGAGUUCACAGUGAUCAGGAAGAAGUUCAAGUGCCCCUACUGCAGCUUCUCGGCCAUGCAUCAGUGCAUCCUGAAGCGACACAUGCGAUCACAUACUGGGGAGAGGCCAUACCCCUGUGAGAUCUGCGGCAAGAAGUUCACACGGCGCGAGCAUAUGAAGCGGCACACGCUAGUCCACAGCAAGGACAAGAAGUACGUGUGCAAGGUGUGCAGCCGCGUGUUCAUGUCUGCAGCCAGCGUGGGCAUCAAGCACGGCUCUCGGCGCCAUGGUGUGUGUGCAGACUGUGCUGGCCGGGGUGUAGCCACACCACUGGACCAUGGUGGAGGUGGUGAGGGCUCCCCUGAGGCGCUGUUUGCUGGUGAAGGGCCCUACCUGGAGGACCCCGAUGACCCACGAGGAGAGGGUGAAGAAGAGCUGGGUGAGGAUGAGGAUGAGGAUGUGGCCAAGUGGAAGGACGACGUGGGCCUAGCACAUGAGGACGCACUGCUAGGAGAUGACAAAGAUGAUGAGGACUCUCCGCAGGGGCCCCGCAGCCCAUCAGGGGAGCCUGACAAAGACUUUGCCUGGAUCUCCUAGGAGCUCUGCUCUGGUGGGCAGGGUGAGUGGUGGCCGCGUUGCUUUGUCCACCUCUGUGUGCGCCUUAGUGGGUCUUCACUCACCCGGGGGUCGGGGGCAGGAGGAGAGGGCCAGGCUGAUUCCUCGAAGCCUUUUCUCCAGGUCCUCCUCUGUGUCCCACACUACCCCCCACCCCUGCAGAAACUGGUUCUGUGAGCUAAGAAGUGGGGAGUGGAAAGCACUGAGACCGGCCACAAGCGAGGGAGGGGAUGCAGUGUGGGUUUAGGCAAAAGAAGAAUGUUGGCUCCUACCUGUCUAGACAUAGAGUCCCCAGCAGGUAUGUGGGCAGGGCUGUACCAAGGCCUGGUCAUGCUUCCUCAGGGUAUCAAAGGAGCCCUUUUGCUGUGAGCCUGGCUAGGGAUACAAGAUGGCUCAGUGGCCAGGUCAUGGUCAGCACUGAUGGGGCUCAUGAGGGCAAUCCCUAAGACCACAGGACUUCAUAGGUGUUUUUAUAACCCCAAGCCGCUCCAUUCACAGCAUUUCCCAAGUCCUCUCCAUCCUCCAAGCGGUCAGGUUAAUGUCUAUGGCCCCCAGAGGUCUUUGCCCUCUUGAUUUCUGCUGCUCCACGGCAGCUGAUGGAAUCCAGGUCCAGUGGGCAGAAACCCUGUAACCCUCUUACCUCCUCCAGGCUUUGGUGCUUAACACAAAAUGGCUGCAGAUGCCCCACUGGAGGCUUGGGCUCCAGGUGCUAUCUGGUGGAAGCAGCCCCGCAACUUGCAGGCCAUGGAGGAAAAGCUCUGUUUGGGAGGAGACUUGUGGCUGGAUACUCCCAAGUUCAGGUCACAGGGUUUGGUUGCAGGAGCCACAGCUUUUGUUCUGUGCUUGAUUCCUUGCAGAGCUUGGGACCUUGUCCACCCUUAUUUCUGCCUGACUCUAACUGACCCCUCCUGGACAGGCUAGAGCUCAGCUCCUGCCUUUGUUGCUGCUAUCAGCUGGAGGUUCCUAGCUGCAGUGUGCUGCUGACACCUCCCUGCCUGGGUAACCAAAUUUUAAAGUAAUGAGAGACAUUCUGAGGUAGUUUAACAGAUGACCUUGUUUUGAGUUGUUUUUCUCACUUGACAGGACUCUGUAGGGCUGGUUUCCUUUAGCUCCUUGUCAAGUCCUCUUGCUAUAUUUCUAAAGGCAUUCACCCUUGUUCUUUCUUCCUGAGUGAAAAGUACAGGUUUCAUCUUGGCAUCUCUGUGAAACUUACCUGCAGAGCAGAUGCAGAUACUGCGGCCAGUCCUCUUCCUUCUUGGGGCUGUGUCUGACAGACUAUCAAUGACAUUCUAUUGCUCACCUACCUACAUAGGCCCAUUGCACUGGUGUGUGGUGAGAACUCUGGUGAGGUCCUGGUGAGCUGACCCCCACCCUAUGCAAAGGCUCCUUGAACUGCUAAGCAUUAGGGCCAAGUAAAGAAUUUUGAUUUUCCUUUUCCAAACUCUUGAACCAAAUGGCCUUUUUUUUUUUUUUUUUUAACUGUCACUUCCCAGUGGUCACGCAGAGCACAUGUCACCUGGUGACAUUCCCUAAGUACCAGCUGCCUGAGCUGCAAAGGGGCACAGGGCUGGCCCAGGUAGACACAAGGAUCAUGGUGCUGUCUUUGUAGGUCAGUGCCACAGGGUGGCAUCACAGCUUUUAUUGUUUUAAAUAAAAACAACAGUCAAGAAGUCAAGAGGAACAGGGCCAGGACUCUUUUAAAACACAUGGAGUGUGGGAACACGGGCAGGGGAAGCUGUGGGCCCCUCCACUCACUAUUCUUCCCCCUCUUAAGCAGGUGGGCUCGGGGACACAUUUCCCAGUAACAUAGCUAGACUCCCUUUUACCAACAGAACUCCAGCUUGAGCCCCAUUAAGCCUUGCCAGGCCUGUUUGAUGGCUCUCAGAACUUAAUACCCUUCCCCCUUUUUAAACGCCUUUUCUAAAUACUUUCUUAUAAAACACAUUUGGAAACCAGACCUUUGCUAUCACUGUCUCUGGGUUUUUGUAUCGGUCCUUACCUCUCAGGCCGUCCUGCCCAGGACCCCCUGGCCACCUCCCAAGGCACCUGUGCCUCCACUCUCAGGAUGUCUUGCUCUGACUGGCUCCCAUUCUGGACUGCUUUUUCUGGCCUUUCUGGGGGUUCCCUGUCUGUGCCACAGGGCACUUCCUUAAAACUAAUACUGUACCAGAAACUGAGGGUCCCAAUUCCUGUCCUACCACUUCCUCAAGUGUUUGGUAUGUGGCAGGAUUUGUGCUGGCUCAGUUUUCAAUUGGAGAGUGGAAUUUCAGAGACCCAGAUGAAUACAUCAUCCAUCUCAGGAGGCAUGGAGGGAAAAGAUGUGUGUAUUGAAGUUUUUUUUUUUUUUUUUUUUAACGUGACUUUUUUUUAAAUCAAUGUUCAAACUAAUAAAUAUUUUUUUAUGAAGAGGAAAAAUGUGUAGAUUACAUUUCAUGUUUUGUAUUUUUGUGUGUAUAUGUGUAUGUCUAUGUGUAUUUUGGUGUUUGCAGCACCAAAGUGGAAUUUCUUUUGGGGGCGGGUGUUGACUGGGUAAGAAAACCACGAUUUUUGUAUGGAGCUCUGGAUCCUGACUGGGUUAUGUAUUUGGACUCUCUGGUUUUUGGGGAACAGGACACUGCCAGGACUCAAGACUCAAAAGACACAGCGAUGCUUCCAACUUUGCACAUCUUCCUUUUUAAAAAACUGAGAAAAUGCAAAAACUGGAACUUUUUGCAAUAUUAUGAAAGAUAAUCUUACUUUGGCUCAUUCUUUGUGCAACUCUUAAGAAAGCCAUACUUAAUGGUGUUGUCUUUAUUUUUAGAUCUUGUUGUUUUAUAUGCAGCUCUUUUAGAAUCACUUGUAGUGAGGGUGCUGUGUGUGCUUUUCUUAAAUAUUUAUUUUUUUCAACACGCUUUGAACCUGUCAGCAAAAAUAGGAUUUAAAAAAAGGGCAGUGUUUGAAGAUUGUUGAUUUUUUUUUCUGGGGAUAAGCUAUAUUAUAUUGACUUUAUAUUAAUUAUUAUAAACCUGUGUUUGUACUGAAGAUGUGUUUAAUAUUUGGGGGAGGUUUGUCAUAAUCAGUCGGUGGGGUUCGCAGCUCUGUUGUCCUGCUUCUCUGUAGCCACAGACAGGUAGAGAUUACCUUCUCUAUAGUGUUCCUGCGAUUUCUUGUCUGCAUAGGUGUGCUUCAGGCUGCCUGUGUGUUUCCUUUCUGUGAUGGAUUAGCGUAGACAUUCUUGCAAAAUGAUCACUUUCAAUAAAUCGGGAAAUUGCUGCUCCAAAUAGAUGCUUCCU